AUGGCCCCCAAACUUGAUUCAUACCGUCCUCGGUAUGCCGCCGCGGGACAGCCCUUAGUUGGGGGCCGUCGGUGGACGCUCGCGGAGUCGCUGAACGUCGGCGACUUCGUGGCGCUGGAGACGGGCGACUACUGGCGCCCGCAGCGCGAGGGCGGCGGCAGCACGCACGCCUUUUUGCUCGCGCGCGUCAUGGAGCAGCGCGGGAGCGGCGGGAAGGGCUACGUCGUCGCGGACGACCGCGCGACGCGGACGCACGACAACGAGGAGUACCGCCCCGGGGACCCCGUCGUCCUGGUGCGCCUCUUCGACCGCACGGGCGCGGACACGCGCCGCUUCACCGUCCGCAUCUACCGCGCGAACGGCAGGAGCGUUCUCCGAAAGCUCGACUCGGGCGACGGCCGCGAGGACCAGCCCGUCGUCGGCGGCACCACCGCCGUCGCACCACGCGCGACGUACACGAUCACCUCGGCCGCCGAGCGCGCGAUCACGACCGCGGCGGCGCACUGA